UUUUAUAAAUAUGUGAAUUUUAUAAGCAACAAAGAUGUUAUUCAAAGAAUUAUCCGAUUUUAUUUUACACAUUAUAAAGGACCUUUAUAAAGUCCUAACCGAUGAUAAAUGUGAGAGAUAUAUUAACAAAUUUGUCGGGUUUCAUUGUGCUGGGCCAUUUUUUUUUUAACCAUCAAACAUUAUACUCACAAAGCAGAGACCAGUGUCUCAUGAAUAAACAUGAGUUUGGAGCAAAACGUACAUGAUGGACAACAUUUCGCCUUUGUUGUUGUCAUGUACACAAGAGACAGUCGGCAUCUCCCCCACUACAGGUCAGAUAAUGAAUUCAUGUCGUUAUCCAUCAUCCAAUCAUGUGGCAGCGGGGCAGUGCAUAAAAUCAUGCAGAUACAGGUCAAGAGUUUCAGUUCAUGUCAGACAAAAGAACUGGGGAAAAAAUGUGAUCUCGGUGACUUUUACUGUGGUUGCUGGUGCCAGAUGGGUUGGUUUGAUUAUUUCAGAAACUGCUGAUCUGGAAUUUUCUCACACAAGACUCUCUAGAGUGUACACGGAAUGGUGCAAAAACAAAAAAACAUCCAGUGAGCAGCAGUUCUGUGGGCGGAAACUCCUUGUUGAUGAAAGAGGACUGAGAACAGCAGUCAGGAAGGUUAUGGUAACUCAAAUAGCCACUCUUUACAACUGUGGUGAGCAGAAAAGCACAACACGUCACAAUUGGAGGCGGACGGGUUACAACAGCAAACGAUCACAUCUGCUUCCACUCCGGUCAGCCAAGAACAGGAAUCUGCAGUUACACUGGACACAGGCUGACCAAAACUGAGCACUUUAAGAUUGAAAAAAAGACCAGGCAACACUUUUUCCAGUCUUCCAUAUCCAACUGCCCUACAGCACACUUCUGAUUUUGUACUAUAGCGCAUGUGUACUUUUCACCUAUUGGACAAAUAUUGAUUUGUCAAUAUUUGGGCAAACUGAUCUUUCUGGAGUCCGGUUUAAAACCUUGAUUGGAUUAAAAGUGUUCAGGGUGUACACUCGAUGGUAUUUGAUCCCGUCAGCUGAAGCCAAGUGCUGACAAAGAGAAGAAAAUCUUAGAGUCGUUGCAUGGUAGAACUCAGCUGUGCUAUUAGAUGGUGGCCCAGUGCGGCGAUCGUGCAUCUGGAAGAGUGUGUGAAGGUUAGGCUGUCCUUGUGUGCUUUGAUGCAUGUGCGGCCUGCUGGUGUGCGUCAGCAGCACAGCUGAUGAUGAGUAAGCCUGUGUUUUCUAGCACACUGCAGAUCACCCCUGUGUCCCCACAAGACAUUUCCCUUAAACGUGUUUGUAUCGUUGGAGGCGAGAAGCUAAUGUAAAGUGCAUUCCAAUGACACAUACUGCAGAGUGGGUACAGGCUGACACUUUACCCAGAUUUAUUGAUGUAAAGCACCUUUAAUAUAUUAAGAUCUUGUCUCAUAGAUGGCAAGACUAAUAAGAAAAAUGGUGUCUUUAUAUUCAUGUUAGUUAGCUAAUCUAAAAUAUACCCUCAGGUUGAAGGGGAAAUGGCUGCUCUGCUGUAAUCUCAUAGCACUCUGCUCAUUCAGGACCACGCUGUGACCUGACUUGCUACAUGCAGUGCAUAAUACUGCCCUAGUGGACAUGCUCACUAGUGUACGUCGCCCUGACGUGCUCGCAGAUACACGCUCGCAGAGCUAUAAAUCAGACUUUACCAGUUCAGCAAGAAAAAAGCUAAAUCUCCAUCAGUCCUAAAUCUGUUCUUUUCUUAUUACGGUAUUAGUCUGCACUCUGUUGCUCUCUGUUUCUUCUGUUUGGCUGUGGCUCCUGUCUGUCACCGUGUAUUCGGACUUCUUUUGUACCUAAAGAUGGGGCAUGAUGGCGCUUGCCGUGUAUUAGCUGACAUAUGAUGUAUACUUACCGAAAUCCCGCCGCUUCCAUCCCGACAGCCCUGACACAGCACUGACUGCGCAUUACUGUUACAGAGUAGUCAGAGCGACUCACACACAUGAAUGUAUGUUGUUCUGGUCUGUUGCUUUUGUUGCUAUCAGUGAGUUUACCUAACCGUAAAGGUACAGUCAGACUUUAUGCCUGCUAGCGGCACUCCAGUUACAUCACCCUUUCUAAAGCAUGUCUAAAGAACAGCAAAACAAAAAGUGAUGCGCAAUGCCCAUAGUGGACAAGCUGAAGGAGGCCCUGAAGCCGGGCCGAAAGGACUCUACCGAUGAGGGAGACCUAAAUAAGCUGCUCUCGUCCUCGGCCAAGAAGGUGCUGCUGCAGAAGAUCGAGUUCGAGCCGGCUACCAAAGGCUUCAGCUACCAGCUGGAGACACUCAAGACCAAGUAUGUGAUCCUGAACCCCAAGACCGAUGGUGUGGUGCAGAGAGCGGCCGAGCCCACGCCAAUCAAGAGGCAAGGCUCUGAAGGCCUCAGUGGAGGUCAGGGUGAUGGCAUCCCAGCACCUCAGAAGCUGCUCUUUCCAGGGAACAAACUCUCCAUGAAGUGGGAGCGAGUGUACCGGGUGGGAGCGGGCCUCCACAACCUGGGCAACACGUGCUUCCUGAACUCCACCGUGCAGUGUCUCACAUACACGCCGCCGCUCGCCAACUACCUGCUGUCCAAGGAGCACAGCCGCUCCUGUCACCAGACAGGAUUCUGUAUGAUCUGCAUCAUGCAGAACCAUAUCAUCCAAGCCUUCGCCAACACCGGCAAUGCCAUCAAGCCUGUGUCAUUUAUCCGUGAUUUGAAAAAAAUUGCCCGCCACUUCCGGUUUGGCAGCCAGGAGGACGCCCAUGAGUUUUUGCGCUACACCAUCGACGCCAUGCAGAAAGCCUGUCUUAAUGGUUACCCAAAGUUGGACAGGCAGACGCAGGCCACCACGCUGGUUCACCAGAUCUUUGGGGGUUACCUGAGGUCGAGAGUCAAGUGUUCUAUUUGUAAAAGUGUGUCAGAUACAUACGACCCCUACCUGGACAUAGCUGUUGAGAUUCGGCAAGCAGCCAAUAUCGUUCGUGCCCUGGAGCUGUUUGUCAAGCCGGAUGUUUUGAGCGGCGAGAAUGCCUACAUGUGUGCCAAGUGUAAGAAGAAAGUGCCGGCGACAAAACGAUUCACAGUUCAUCGGACGUCAAACGUGCUCACGCUUUCCCUUAAACGCUUUGCCAACUUCAGCGGAGGAAAGAUUACCAAGGAUGUUGGCUACCCGGAGUUCCUGAACAUUCGUCCAUACAUGUCUCAAAACUCAGGAGACCCAGUGAUGUAUGGCCUUUAUGCAGUCCUGGUGCACUCUGGGUACAGCUGUCAUGCUGGUCACUACUACUGUUAUGUAAAGGCCAGCAACGGGCAGUGGUACCAGAUGAACGAUUCGAUGGUACAUUCCAGUAACAUCAAGGUCGUGCUCAAUCAGCAGGCUUACGUCCUCUUUUACCUGAGGAUUCCUGAAAAGAGGAACACAGACAGUUCAAGUGUAAAGCAGAACUUGGUGCAUUCUGGAAGGAGUAACAUGACCCCUGAGCAGCUGAAGAAAAUUCCACUCAACGGCCCUUUGUCCUCUCCGCAGAUCACCAAGAAGGUGGACACGGCUCAGCUGAGGAAGAUCCAGUCUGUGGACGGAGGGCUGGGCGUGCCAGUGGCCCGCAACGGCUCAGGCAUCCAAUCGCCCAAACUAGCUAACGGUACACCAAGGGUGCCAGGGGGCCCAACGCUCAUCGAGGAGCCCAUCAAGAAGCUGAAGAAGCCUCCUGCUCAGCCUCAGAACCGCACCAACAUUCCUGCCUCCUCCAACGGCGUCGCUAAGUCUGAGCAGGACAAGGGGAGCAGCGGCGAGGGGCGGAGCCUGGCAGUGUCUACCUCACUCAAGUCCCUUGCAUCAGAGUCCUCGUCAGCGGACACCUCAUCUGAGUCCAAGGAAUCGAUUGGCACCAGGAGUGCUCCCGUGGGAGACGUGGCUACUCCUGCCAAGAGCAUCGUAAACAGAACCUCCUCUCCGGCUAAAAGCGCCGAGCGACUUGCUGCUGAGGAUCAGAAGUCGGCCAAGCUGAAACCUCCCGCCCUCAACAACAUUGCAUCCGAGCAAACCAGCACCAUGUCGCCCCCUCCUGCCAAGAGACUGGCACUGUCUGCCAAGAAGGCCAGUCCCAGUCCCAGCCGGAGCCCGAACAGCAGCAGCAGCAACAGCAGCCGCAGCACUGAGGCUCCGUCCUCUUCAUUGCAUCAUCAGUCCCGUGACCCUACGCAUUCAGCUCUACUCCACCCUCUGACCCCCACCUCACCUUCCCAAAACCACAGGAUUCCAUUCCACUCUGCCAAGCAGCCUCAGCAUGUACCUCAUCUCUUUAAAAAUGCAAGCCUGUUUAAGGAGCCCUCCUCCUCCUCCUCCUCCUCCUCCUUGAUGAAUCCCACACUUUCUUCACCAGUCAGCAGGCUCCUCCCCUGCCCUGCCAGCAACUGCGGACCAAUCCAGAGCCAGAAAACCACAGAAUCAGCUCCAGCGUUUGCCGAUGGACUCACCAGUCCAACCUUAAAGAAGAAGAAGAAGAAGAAAAAGAAGCGACGCCAUUCUGAAAUGGAAAACCCCGCUGCUGAGCUUCCUGCCAAAACUCAGCAGGACAUGCCAGAGCUCACAGCUGAAACGAGAAAGGUAAAAAAGCGCAAGAAAAGGAAGCGAGAGGAGGAGCCAAACAGCAUGAAGGUUCAGACAGAAGGCGUGCAGUCCCAUCUGGAGCCAUCAGGUCAGGAAGAAGACUGGUGCCUCGGAGAGACGUGGAGAAUAAACCCAGAUGAAAGUUCAGAAAGGCCAAAACAGCAAAAGCCCACAGAGCCCAAACCGUCUCAGACCCAAGAACAAAUUCAGCCAUUGUUGUGUGAGACUCCACAGAACCAUCAUGACUCCACUAUUAAAAAGAAAAAGAAAAAGCACAAAGAGAAACUGGAUGAGAACAUCAUCAAGCAUGAGUCUUCUGAAAGAAAGACCGAGAUGAAGCAUAUAGACACAGAGUCACUGGAUUUAAGUGUCUCAAAGAAAAAAGCCAAGAAGAGGAAAAGAGAAGCGCACCAGAGAGAGGCUGAGGAUGCUCAUGGGGACAAUGCUGGAGGCGAGCCACUUAGUCAGACCAACCAUGUGGUGUUGGAGAAGACCUGCAAACCCAGCACAGCUGCAGUGGUGGUCUGGGACAGCCAGGUUCAGGACGGUUAUAAGCGCAGUAGAGCCGCUGCUGAUUCAGGGCAGGCGUCUGGGAAAGAGUCUCGUCCUGCUGCCGCAGCCUGGGACGGCAAGAAGAGCUCUAGUGUAGUCGAGGAACUGCUUAAGAACGCCUCCGAUAAAGCAUACGGAACUCCAGUCCUGAGUUGGGAUGGAGAGCGCUCUGCCAUCAGUAGAGAUGCCAUGCAGGACGCAUGUGAUGCCAAACACGACACCGUAAUCGACGAAUGGGAUGAAGAGUUUGACAGCGGAAAGGUAAAGAAGGUAAAGAAGUUUAAGAAAGAAAGGAGAAGAAGUUUUAACGUCUUCCAGAAGAUCCAGGAUCGGCGCAACAUGUGGUCUGUCACACCAGGAGGAAGGAGGAACAGUUGGAGCCAUCGCUACUGACAUGAAGGAUUCGAGAUGGGGAUCCUGUUCACACACCCUGGCUCAGCUGCCUUAUUGGAGGAGAAGCUGCGUGAUCUCUCUGAGAAUGGUCCAGAAAAGCGAGAGGCUCGUGUGGGAAGUAAAUAAAGCGAUGAGACCAAAGCCAUCUGCAGGGGCUGACGUCCAGUAUUUGGAGUCUGAAUAAAUUGGGCCUGGGUUUGAGCACACCAACGUAUCAUGGCGUCAGGUUCAAACCACCAUAAUAAACAAUUUUAGCCACAUAUAACUUGAGUCCGUGGUGAAAUACUGUACUGUAUCUUGCUAUAUCAGGAAAGGAGGCAAAUAUUCCCUGAAAACUGAUAAAGUGAUAGGCAAUGGUGCUGUUAUUAUUGGGUUAUUGAUACAUUGGGCCUACACUACUGCCUAGACUGUUGACAAGAAAAACAUUUUCUCAGAAUGAAUUUUUGUGCUUUUUUUUGUGUUUUUUCCCCCCCUCUCUUCUUAAAGAUAUUUUAUUUCACUGUAUCACAUUUGAUAUAUAAUAUUAUCCCAAUGGCCAGAUGAGUAAUCUGCUACAUAUUAGCUAUGUAAGGCCAGCAGUCUUGCUCAUUUUUAAUUUUUUUUAUGAUUAUUAUUAUUAUUAUUAUAUGAGCCUCAUUGAAUCCUUCCUGAAGCCUCCAUGUUGUCGGCUUUUCACAUUGAAUGCUGUUGAAGAAAAAUGUGGUUCCCUGUUCUUUUUGUAUUAACCUAAUCUCUCUUCUAUGUAUUACCUAAUAUCCAAAAAUUACAAGCUUGACGCGCCUAUAACGUUUAUCCCUUAGAUGGGAUGAAUAAUCUGUCCAUCUGUAACAUGUCUGAAGGCCAGGCUGCUUCAAUAUAAAAACAUAUCCAUCCAUUUCAGCGCUGGAGAGGCUGCAUCGGCAGUGCUCCAUCCCAUAGAAAUCCGCAGGGAAGGUUCUAGUGUGUAUUUCACAUUUUACAUGCCAAUGCCACUGUUUCUACUCUCUAUGCAAGUCAGACAGGUCUUAAAAAAGUGUUGUCUCUGUUCCUAUCCUACAGUGCAAACAUAUCCUCUUCAUCCCCCAUUUUCACUGAUCAUUGAUGAUCCAGAGUUGAAACUUUUCUCUGGAAUUGUACUAUAAUGCUUUAGAACAAAAGAUUUAUUUUACUCCAGAGACCUAGCCACAGACUAAUAGUGAGUAAGAUGUGAAGCUUUCUGGAAUAGAACAUUGUACAGUCCCAAUUGUGCUCUGUGUGACUUCCUUAAACAUCCUUGUAGUCAAGAGUUAAUUCCCCCAGAUACUUCCAUUUUAGAAAAAAGUUGCCUUGAAUUAAUUAAAAAAAAACGAA